AUGGGAGGUCCAUGCCCGCCAGGACAUUUCUGCCCCGCUGGCUCCGCUGCUCCUCAGCCCUGUCCUCCCGGAACGUAUAACCCUAUAGAACGACAAGGUGUUUGCCAGCCUUGCACAGAAGGGUUCUUUUGCUCUGGAAACAGCGCCUCUCUGGAGGGUAACGAGUGUCCUCGCGGCUUCUACUGUCCUGCAGGGACAAUCUCUCCUGAGCAAUUCCCAUGUCCCCGAGGCACAUACAAUCCACAGAGAGGAAGUCACCGCGCUGAGGACUGUCUGCCGUGUGACCCAGGCCAUUACUGUGACACACCUGCACAGAGCCAGGUAACAGGGGUCUGCUCUGAGGGAUAUUACUGCACACAUUCUGUGCAAACACAAACCCCAAGGCAAGGGAUUCUGGGAGAUGUGUGUCCCCCCGGCCAUUACUGCCCGCUUGGCUCCGCCGUGCCUCAUCCUUGUCCUGCUGGUUCCUAUAGUAACACCUCCGGGAACGUGGGGUCUGAAGCCUGCCUGGCGUGUGAGCCAGGACAGUUCUGCGAUAGACCUGGAUUGGCCACUCCGAGUGGUCCCUGUGAUGCAGGAUACUUCUGUGUGAGAGGGGCUCAGUCUUCCCGUCCUCCUGAGGUGACUAAUAGUGGUGGUCCCUGCCCUGCAGGGCAUUUCUGUCCGGAGGGGAGCUACACUGCCCUGGCAUGUCCUGCAGGGACCGUCUCGCAGUCUUGGGGACAAAUCCGCUGUUCUGAUUGUCCGGAGGGAUUUUACUGUCCUGCACGAUCUUCUAACACGACCAUCUGCCCUAAAGGUCAUUACUGUCCAAAGGGGACAGAAUUUGCAGAGCAGUACCCGUGCCCACCAGGCACAUUCAGUGGUGGGCGAGGAGCCACUAGCAUGGAGACCUGCUUGCCUUGCCCGCCAGGCAUGUUCUGUUCCAAGCCUGGAUUGGAGAAACCCGAAGGCUUCUGUGCACCGGGCUGGUAUUGCCCAGUGGGAUCAGUAUCUGACAGACCUGUCUCCCUCCCAGAGGUUCCAGGAUAUACCGCGCUGUCUCCUAGAAUGUGUCCAGCAGGAAAGUUUUGCCCCCAGGGUUCAUCUUACCCCAUUCCCUGCACUCCAGCACACGAAUACAUCAAACACAAAUGA